GCAGAGCGCUGGAUUUGCUCAUAAAGACCGCAAAACUGCAAAAGUCCACUACAAAGCCAGCUGGAAACUAAGGAUUACCACAAUGGUUCGACCCAUCUACCUGGCCCUCGUUGCUCUAUUCGUAUUGACCUGCUCUGUAAGUGCAGCUCCGUUGGGGGAGUCGGAAAUCCAUGAUAGUUCCGAACUCUCAGUCUCCAAACUCGAAACGGAGGUCCAAGACUCGAGUGCUGGUAGUAGUGAGGAGAAGGACGACGACGACGAGGAGGAGACUGCGGCUCAAAAGGUGGAGGAGGAAACCGACGAGGAUAAUGAUGAUGAAGAGGACGACGACGACGAUGAUUCCUCACUGAUCCGUAGACGUCGCGGGGCAGAGACCACUGAGGAACCCUCGGAGGAGGAGACCGUUACCGAAUCCCCCAACGAGAACCACAAGGUGGAUACCACCACUGGGGCAGCUCCGACGCGCAAGCCUGUGCUCGUGCUCAUCCGGGAUGCCCUCAAGAAGGUCACCACCGAUCUGCCCACCGCCCAGGUGGCCAACAAUGCCCUGCAGUACUUCCAGCAGUUCGAGCACUUCAUCCAACAGGCCAUCGAGGAGGUGAUCGGCGAAGACGACGACGACGAGGAGGAGACCCCGGCUACUGUAACUCCCGAAACGGAGACCACUGUUGAGGAUAUCAAGAAGCCCGAGGUGGAGAAUGCUCCAGAAAAGGUUCCAGAUGCCGAGGUCCCAGCUGAAGUCCCUGAAAAGGAAACUCAGGCCGUUGAACCCAUCAAGAUGGAGGAAUCUACCUCUUCGACUUCAGCUCCCCUUAGCAAUGCUGUCUAGUCUAGCUAUGUAUUAAGUUCCACAAAUCACUUCUCAGAUAUUUAUUGUCAUUUAUUUAUUGUUAGCUAUAAACUGUAUGCCAUGUUCUGAAA